AUGAUAGAAGAAGUUAAGAAGAAGUUUUUUAAGGUUGCAUAUUCCUCUAUCGAGAAGGAAUACCGUUUCAAUUUGCGGUUGCUUAGGCAAGAGGGUGGGGCUGAGAUUAUUGACCCAUUUCUUGCUGAAAUUCCAAUUCAACAUUGGUGCCGUGCAUUUUAUACAGGCGGCCGAUAUGGAAUAAUGGCCAAUGGGAUUGCAGAAUCAUUUAACUCCUGGAUUUCACUUGAGCGUUUGAUGCCGGUAUAUUGUAUGUUGGAUCAGACUAGAAUUAAGCAAAUGGAGCAAAUGGAUAAGAGGAGGGAUGAGGCACAACGUUGGACAACAGAACUGACUCCCAAAAUGGAGGAAAGGCUGAAGGUGCAGAUGGAGAAAUCUUGUCGUUUCAGUGUCCAUUACUCUAUCCCUGGUGUUUAUGAGGUUCGAUCUGACUUUUCGUACGUAGUUAACAUUUCUGAGCAUUCAUGUUCAUGUGUGAAAUGGCAGAUCAAUUGUUUUCCUUGUCCUCACGGCCUUGCUGCAAUACAAGCUGCUUCUGAAAAUGUCUAUGAUUAUAUUGAUAAGUACUUUCGUGUUGAUAUGUUCAAGAAGAGCUACAGUUCUCCUAUCCGGCCAAUAACCAAUGUUGAUAUGUCUUCUUCUGAAUCUGCUACUGACUUUAUAUUACCUCCCCUUGCGAAGAGGCCACCCGGGAGGCCCAGGUUGAAGCUGUUCAAGUCUAUUGGAGAGGUCGAAAAGAAGCUGAUUCGUUGCGGCCGUUGCGGAAAAAUGGGCACUCAUAACAAGAAGAGCUGCACAGAACCUCUCGUUCAGUAG